AUGAACCCCAGCGCUCCCCGAUCCCCGACCAGCAGCAAGAACCCUCGGAAACGGCCGGCCAGUAGUACAUCUCGAGCGCCCUCGACGACGGCCAAGAAGCGCAAGUCGCGGGCAGCGCCGCCCCAGGAGACCGCGGACGAGGACCAGUACUGGACGAUCAAGGGCAUACUGCGGCAGAAAACCGAGAAGCGCAAGCUCUACUACCUGAUUGAGUGGGAGGGCAUCGACGAAAGCACGGGCAGGGCAUAUAAGCCGACCUGGGAACCGGCCGAGAACAUCACGUCCAAUGCCAUAGCGGAGUGGGAAGAGAAACAGCAGCAAGCGCAAGGUGGUGCAUUGGCAUCCUGUGACGAGACGGCCUACCCGUUGCAAGCCCAAGCCAUCAUACAGGAGCCAGGGACGCGGCCUUGGACGAGCGAGACUCGCACACCAUUAGCUGGUGUUUUCGCACCUGGCAGCUUGGCCGAGGUACGCGAGGCCAAGAGAAGGCGACUAGAACAACGACGGGACCGCCGUGACCGUACAUUGGUGCUUGAUUCGCAGGACGCCGAAGAUACGGAGGAGCCAUCACUGGGCGUUCCAGCACGCACGACUGCAGAAGCUCCCCCCGAAAAUCUAGUUGGUAGCCGAAGCAAGAUUACUGUCGAGCUGUCGCGGCGGCCGGGAUUCAAUCCCAACGACUACCAGCAGGUGCAGCUGUCGCAGGCCAGCCAGAGCCAGACUGCCACACAAUCAAGUCAGAAGCUCUCCUCUCAAGUGUCCAGUCCUGAAGUCGGACCGGCACUGGGACAUCUGCAUAGCAACCGUACCAUACCGGAUUCUCAGGAGGUGUCGGGGUAUUCAAUAUCCGAUACGACCAACAGCGGCCCCGGAGCGGACCUGUACGCAUUGACGAAGAGUCAAGAUAGUGUACCGAAACUUGCGGCUCGCUCACGAAGUGAGGAAGCCACUGUGCCGGAUUCUCUAUCGCAUAUACCGUCCCGUCAACUAGAGCCGGCAGCCAGUCAAUCUGGGACUAUACUAUUCGAAUCAGCAUCAGCGCCGCCUGCUGGGCCCCCUUUCGGAGAUAUUUCCAACCCAGCUGGCGACGAGUCGCAAGCAACCCAUAGCGCUGCGUCACUAUCGCGAGGACCACAGUUUACGCAGGAUCCUGGCUUUCUUAGUCAGGUACCCUUCCACUUUGACGAAAGCGCCCUGCCAACUCCGUCCGGCCAGGAAGUCGAUUCCCAAAGGGAGCAGCCACCCGAGCCUACCUCUCAAAUUCUCCAAACCUCUGGCUACUCGACGCCUGCAAUCGCUAGUGAAUCACAUCGCCUUUCACAGGCUUCCCCACAGGCGGCUCAAAUAGUGCCCCGCUUCGCCAGUCACUCGGAGGCUUUUCAGAGCCAAAUCGCCGAACCGGAUUUUAGUGUCUACAGUGACCACGGCGAAAGCACGGCAGAACGGGACGAAGUCAUUCCAGAGACAGCUCAUCUGGCGAGCAGAACCGUCCAGUUCUCUCAAAACUCAAGCCAAGCUCUCAGCGAGUUAGAUGGUAACACUAAGAUUUCAUCAUCUGCCCCCCAAAGCUACGAACACGCUUCACCCUCUGAUUCGUUGCACGUACACAUUUCUAAACAAUCCAUAGACAAGUUGUCUGAGGUUAUUGGAGUCGAGAGUCUCGACGCUGCCGCGCCUCGUUUUCUUUCUUCCAAGCCACUUGAUUUUGUUCUGCAUUCAUCUGACCGCACGGGGCGAAGAUCUAGUUUAUCCCCAAGACGGUCAGUCACCCCUACAGGCAACAUGGAUGACGCGCCAACGACAAGCUCGACGCCCAUGUCGAUGAAGGAGAAGCUGCGACUGAUACGAGAGCGCAACCUGGGGCCCAGAAACUCCAACCAGGUGCCGAACUUGGCUGUUCAGGAACCAGCAAACACUCUAGCUGAUGACCACACCGCUCAUCCCGAGCAACUGGCCGAAUUCGCCGAGCCUCUAAUCUCGCCAUCCAUCCUGGUGCCUUCCGUGGAGACAGAUCACCCGGAGGAUGCUGCACUCCACGCGGAUUUCGUUGAAGAACACAAGCCUGCAGAUCAUCUGCCGAUGGAGACCCAUAUGUUUGAGAGCUCCACCAUACCAACCUCUUUCGAUGCGAUGCCUGAGGAGCAACCUGCAACAUUGGACCCGGCCGCAUUGACGUUGUCGAUAGAUCCUCAUCUGACUGGGUUGGCGCCCGCACCCGAGCUUGAGCCGGAGCUUGAACAGACCGCAAGCCCCUCCAUUCCAACUGACGACGACCAGAUGCCAAAUGAUCAUCAUGAAUCGGUCCUUUCCAAUUCUGGCGACCAUGAAGCCUCCAAUUCGAAUGUAUUGCCGAACGUCUACAUUGAAGAUGGUGCAGACGAGCAUAUCCUGACUCUUCCCCUGGCCAGUAAUAUCCGUCCGCAGUACGUCGAGAUCAUCAAGGAGACCAACGAUGACUUGGUGGCCUACAACGCUGCUUUUACGACCCCUCCGUUCAGCACUCCUGAGCCGGAAUUGGUUGCAAAGGUUGAUAGGAUGUUCGAGCGUCUCUUUGAUGUCUGUGAUCUACCGCCUUUCCUGGAAACGCUACCACAGAUCACGCCAGUCCAGGUUACAAAACAUGUCAGAAACACUAACAGCAAAUUCUCGUUUGUUGGUCACUUCUUGGAGAACCUGUGCAACGUGGACUCUCAGAAAAGUGUCCUCAUAUUGGCCCGACCAGGAAAGAUUAUAGAACUGCUCAACAACCUCGUCACUACCGAAGGCUACCAUCAUGUUCAACUUCGAGGCUCCAGUCUUGUUGAAUCCCCUGAGCCCCGAGAAAGACCUACCGUUAUGGUGGCGUCAACGUCUGACGACCUCACCCUUAUACAUAAGGACUUUGACGUCAUCAUUGCCUUUGACCACACUUUCAGACAAGAUUUACUACCCACCAGAAAUCAAGAGGCGGCUCCGAUUGUUCUGGCGCUUGUCACCAGCGCCAGCAUACAGCACAUCAACAUGCGAAUAUCUGAAAAGAUUGAGCCUCUGGGUCGAAAGAAUUACCUCAUGCUUGCUCUAUGCGCAUCUGUAGAAGAAAUUACACACCCGGAAGGUCGCUUCCCCCAGGCCCAUGAAGUCGCCGAGCUCUUCUCCAACUACGUUGAGAAUCCCGACGAUGAAGAGUUCUACUGGACACCGCAGGAACUUCCCCAGUCAAUUUUUGAACACAUUGCUGCCAGUUCCCAGGCUGAGGGGACCAACUCGAGCCUUGUUCCCAUUGGAGUCAUAGGACAGCCCCCCAGCCGGAAGCGCUCACUUGUAAGCACACAAAUCACUUCGCCGUCCCAACCUAACAACUUUAACAAGGAGCAGGACGACCAAGAUGAAACUGAACCUAAACGCCCGAGGAUAGCCCAGCCCAACGUGAUCACAACUACAAUUGCCAUCAGAAAUAUCCCCGAGUCUCUGGGCGGCCUCAUCGGUGAGUCAAGUAAUGAGGGCAAACCAACUGUGGGGAUCACUGUCGAACAAGCUGAAGCUUUAGCGGCGAAGAUCGCGAAACUGGAGGCAGAAUUGGAGAAAAUGCGAGGGCAACGCGACGUAUUCCGCGAUCUGGCAGAUCGGACGAAGUCAGAGGUUGAGAAUUGGACAGCCUCGAUGAACAGAAUACAACCAAGGUAUAUGGCUGCACUCCGAGAUCGAGGCAUCUUUCAAAAGAAAGUUGACGACAGCUUUAAAGAGAAGGGAGAGCUGUCUUUGCGUGUGCAGUCACAUGAGAAGGAAAUUCUAAUCCUUCGAGAGACAAACACAGAACUUCAGAGGAAACUCUCUGAGGCAGAGGAGUCUCUGAUAAAGGGCGAGAACCCCGAGCUUGCGAAAAUGGUACAGAUGGAGAGGGACACGGACGAUGCCAAGAAAAAGGCAGCCGACCUUGAGAAGAAGCUCAACCUUUCCCAGAGCGACUGCUCGUACGCCCGAGAACAGUACCAGCAAGCAUCACAGCGCGCACUCGAGCUCAAGAAGGAGAACGACGAGUUGAACAAACAUGUGAUUGAGCUUACACGAAAGGCCGAUAAUAAUAUCGUCACGAUCAACCAGAACCAAGACCGGAACGAAGUCCGCGAGCUCAAGCGCUUGCUUGAAGACAAGAGCACCAUCAUCCGAGAGCGGGAAGCAGAACUCAAUCGGGUGCACCAACAGCUUGCUAGCGCCAAGAACGGUCGAAGGGAGACGAGGCAGAGUAGUGUUCCGCGAAGUCCUAGGCUGGGUGUGUCGAGCCCCAGGACCGGCAGAGGAGGGGCAGUGGUUCCCAGCGGGUCAGCAAGCCGCGGUGCCAGCCCAGCGGCGCCUGCAGGGACGUUUGAGACUGGUGGGAGUCUAAUGCCCGGCAUCGGGAGUCUGUUCGCCGGCCAGCAGCAGGGCAACGGGCGGUUUGCUCAUUUGCGAGAAUAG